AACUCAUUAGCAUCGGAUGGACGUAAAGCGUUUUUUGAGACUGGACGCUUCAGUAAUAUUCUACACAAUUUCCACAGGUUCUCUGAACGCGGCACUUGUUGCAAAACUUAAUCAAAAGUCAACCGAGAGAUUAUUAAGCAGCGGUUAACUUGACAUAUUUUAGUUAGCUUUAUAUUUAGUAAAAAUGUAAUGUGGAUUCUCAGACAAUCAGCUACUGUUACUUCGGCUAACGCGUUAUUAGCUUUCCCGGUUGCCACUGACAUCAUUUGUUGCGAUGACGACACCGAGAAGGCUGCGUAACUUUCUACUUGUCGGACUUAAAUGUGCUUAAAUAACAUUUACUAUGGAUGGUGAGCGGAGCAAUUGCAGGCCUCAACUGAGAGACAAUAGUCGGCUAACCUAGCUAGCAGACUUGCCGUGGCUGCUAAGCUUGCUAACCUGAUCUGCUGCUAGUGGAAGCUGCCGCGCUGAAAACGUCAAGGUAUCUGUGCCAUGGAGCAGAAGAAAACAGCAGACAGAAUCCCAGCGGCUUGCAGCCAGCAGGUGUUCCACGGUCAGGAUCUGACUGUGAUGGACCAAACCUCUGCAGCUCCAGAGCCUGUGACUGACAUGUCUUUACAAACCAAAUGGAUCCGCAGAAACUCUGGAGAACUCCUCAGAUCAGAAGAAAAACUCAGUAAUGGCACCUUGAAACCUGAGGCUUCGGCACGCAGUCCAGACGAAGACAGGCUGUCUGCGUAUCCAAGCAGUGAACUUUCACUGCCAGAGGUCUGCAUUUCAACCAACAGCAAUAGCUUUGAAGAUGAUAUGAACUACGAGGUCCAACAAGCCUAUAAGAUAUUCAGCGGUUUUCUGUUGGAUAAGCACAAAGGGAUCACCAGCACCUUUCUGCAUCCUAUCGGCCACCAUGACUCCCAGCACGGUAUCGAAGGCCUUCAGGGCCUUGUGAACUCUCAGCUCAGGCAGUCGAUGUGCAUGCGACGCAUUGAGGAGAAGUUCAUUAAUCAGGAGUAUGAGAACAUAACAGAGUUUGUGGCAGACUUCAGGCUUAUGUUAGAAAACUGUUACCGCUACUAUGGGGUGGACCACUGGAUCUCCAAACAGGCUCAAAAGCUGGAAAUCAUGCUGGAGCAAAAGCUCACAUUGCUUUCCAGGGUGCUGCGAGAAAAGACGUCCCUGGCAGUAACUUCAAAAGGUCGUUUUGGUGCAGAGGAGGAGAGGGGCUCUGGGGGAACUUCCACGCGAAGAAGGCAGGCCUCACGUUAUCUUGCUACCAUCACCGGUGGGCCGCAUGAGUCUGUCAUGGUACGGGCGUUACGUCACGAGGAACAGCAGAGGGUCAAGGAGGAGAAGAGGCAACGUGAGCUUGAGAAGAAAGAAGCGGAGGAAAUGUCAGCCAAGGAAGUGGGAGAGUGGGAGCGCGUCCUGCUGUCGCAGGCUGCCCCCCAUACAGUGAGCACCCUCUGGGAGCUUCCUGCCAUCGGACACUUUCUCUGUCUUGCUCAGACUGCCCUCAACCUCCCCGAGAUAGUAUUUUUUGAGCUGGAGCGUUGCUUGUUGAUGCCGCGCUGCAGCUUGCUCCUCUCCAAAGUCAUGUCCUCCCUGCUGUCCGUGCCUCAGAGAAGGGCCACCCUGCAACGCCGACCUGCGCUGCCGUACCGCCGCUGGGAGUCAGAGCUGAGGCAGAGAGUCCUUGGCUGGUAUCGAGCUGUCGGCACCUCCCAUAAUCAACCGCGGCGGGCUGAGCAGCUGGGACUUUGCCACCAGUUUUUCAGCGUCCUGGGGGAGGUGAGUCCACUGGAAGAGAAGCCCUUUCAUUUGUUGCCCUUCUACCAGCGGGUUUGGCUUCUCAAAGGUCUGUGUGACCACGUGUAUGAGACGCAGAAGGACGUGCAGGAUGCCGUCCUGGCCCAACCCAUCCAUGAAUGUAGGGAGUCUAUUUUGGGCUAUGAUAGCAAAGAGAAUGCCUACAUACAUUUCCCACAUUUCUGUGGAGCCGACCUGAGGGUUUACUGCCAGAGCCCCAGUGCACCUCCAGCAUUUCCUUUCCCAUCUGUACUGGUUUCAAGGGUAGAAACGAAACCAGGGACAGAGGAGGAGGGGUCGGACGGAAUAAAAAGCGAGUCGGAUCCAAAUGACGGUUAUGAUGGAGGUCAAAUGGAUACAGGACAGUCUGGACAUUUCGAGAAGAAGACAGCAGGGGCAGACGGGGUUUUUAAAACAGAGAACGGGGAUACAUGCAGAUUAAAAUCAUUCUCUGUGAUGGAUGUUUCUAAAUCAGAAUCCUGUAAUGGUGACGCUUGUGAAGACUCUACAUUAGAUAUUAAAGAACCUCCUAACUCAUUAUUCCUCACACAAGAAAGAUUGAUUGAUUCAGACAUCAUCAAAACAGAAAGACAAGACCCCUUUCUGAAUGUAGCCGAGCACAGCUACACAGACCGUUCGCCUUCAUCUUCGGUUAAACUGGGGAUCAAAACGGAGGACAGGAAUUCAUCUUGUGUAAAUAAAACAUCUCCCUGUUUGGAUUGUUUAAAAAGAAUCAGGUGCGAGGCCAAAUCUCUGGAAGACGUCCACUGCUGUGGAAAAUCCAGACCCGCAGCCUGUCUGUCUUCUCAGUCUACUAGGAACCCAAUUGAAGAGAGGGAGGAUGAGAAAAUCUGGGCUAAAAAAAAGAAGCGGAAGAGACGGCAAACAAGGGAACUACUGCUGGGAGAGAAAAGAGACCACAAGCUUUUGCAGCACAUGGACAGUUUGAGGUCUCCUCCAACCAGAAACAUUACUACAGUCAAAAGAAAGGAGAAGAAGAAAAAAUAUAAAACAGGAAAAAAACCUGAUAUGUUGACAGAAGUGAAGGAUGAAACUCCUCCUGCACCAUCAUUCAAGUUGGUGUGCAGCAAUCUGGAUGAACUGCGAGAGCUGAUCAGUAAGACUGAAGACGAACUCGAUGAACUGGAGAGUAUGAAAAAGAGACCAGGCCGAUGGUACUACAAGAAGGAAGCUGUGAAGGAGCUCCAUAGCACUCUAAUCAGACUUCUGAAUGAACUUUUACCCUGGGAACCAAAACUUGUAAAGGCCUACCAAAGAAACAGGCUUCGUCUAAAGAAGGAGUUUGAUGAUUUCAAGAAGCAUCCAGAGUACAAUAACUUUGUGCGUGAAGAGUGUGUGUCAUCCUCUUCGUCGUCCUCAUCAUCAGAGGACGAUGAUGAUUACAGAAAAGCAGAAGUGGACAAUAUUGAUGGUAGAGAUUUAGAAGAAGACGAUCAAGAACAUGUUCCCAGAGGCCUUUGGAGUGGAGCAAGCACUAGAGAGCCCGGUGCAGAAUCUGCUGAAGAAAAGGCCGUGACUGGUUCCCCUUCAAACCAGCUUAAACCCCCCCUGCUCAGCAAAGAGAAAGGUUUUGCUCUGUUACCAGGAAUCCAUGGUGUUUUCACCAGCACUGCUUCAACAGAUUGGAGGAGAGAAACGAGAUCUGGAAUAAUCUCACUGAAUCCAUCAGGAGAUUCGUCAUGGAUGGCAGGAAAACCGUCUCAUACAUCAGUGUCCCCCACCUCUCCCAUCAUCAACCCGACCUGUAAACUCCCCCCAGGCUACACACCCAUUCCCACCCUACUAGCUAAAAGUGUAGGCAACAAAGUGACGUUGAUGAGAAGGCCCACAGAUUUCACAUUUGAUAGGCAGCUGAAAGGGUCUCACCCCAACUCUGUAGUGGUUAGUCCAAAAGCACAAAAUUUUCCUUCCAGUGAUAACCGUUUGUCCCAACCAGUGACAACAAAAGCACCACUGCAGACUAUAUCAAUGGGAGCCCUUCCAAGGUCCCCACAGGGGACUGUAUCCCAAACUGAGCAGGAAAGCCCCGUCCAAGUGGUGUGUAAGGUUUCUGAGAUGAUUAAAAAGGACAGCAGCAGCUCAGCCAAGAUCCCUUCUGUAGUGGAUAAGAAUACUGUGGAGAAGGUUAUGCACCAGGUGUUGUUCCUGCCUUCCAGCCAUGUCGUCCAGAAAAAUGAAACAAAGCCAACUUUUGUAAAUCCACAGCAGUCUGUCAUUCAGGUUGCAGUUUCUGAGGCGGCCACUCCUGUUUGUAUAGCGACCGAUGUGCCUGGAUUCAGCAUCCCUGAUGGUAAAAUCCCUGUUCAGCAGGUAGCCCCACUUACAAAUGCAAGGACGCAGGGGAAUCCUGCUCCCUCUGGUUCCCAAUUCCUUCAACAAGGGGCCUCAAACUUGGUGAGACCUAAAGGGGGGCAGGUUUGCACUGCUAAAGCCAGCACACUAAAAGGUGGCUUGCCAUCCCCAUCCGCCGUCACAACGGCUACCAGAGCAGCCGCUGCAGAGACAGUUACAUUUUCAGAACCUAAACAGGAGCUGAAGACAGUCUGCAUCCGGGACUCUCAGUCCAUCCUGGUAACGACUAGAGGGGGCAACACGGGCAUCGUCAAAGUGCAGGCGUCCUCAGAGCAGAAUUCACUGGGUUCUUUCCCUGCAACUCCUGUUAUUACCAUAUCUCCUCAGUUAAAAGCCUUCCUCGUAUCUAAGACAUCAGCGACUCUCGCUGCUACUGUUCCCUCUCCCUCUGUCUUGGACACAAGUCCAUCUGUGGCCCAAACGCAAAAGCACGCUCCUUUAGUUUUAACAGCCCCCCAAACUGCCAUCAAUUCCACAACAACCGCAAUCACAAGUAGCACCCCUGUAAAAGGGUCUGCGAGUUCUCCUUUUUUGCCGUCAACAGUGAAAAGCACGGUUGUUGUGCCAUCCCUGAGCAGUUCUGGUUCUUCCAAACUCUCUGUGCAAGAAGCAGUCAGUAAGACUGUUGCAAAACGAAACAGUACAGAAGAGAUAUCCCAGGUUACUAAAUACAUCCUGGUGACUUCAUCUUCAAGCCAACGCACGUCAGAAGGGACACCCUUUACCACACAAUCCACCACCGGUUCAGGAGUUAUACUCAUUAACCAGGCGGGGGUGACAACGCCCACCACCUUCAGCGGAGCCGUUCCAAAGCACAUGAUGGGACAAGCGCCGUUAACAAAUCCAGCUCCAAGAAUGGGAAGAAGUCCAGCCAAACCUGCUGUGUGUGUCGGCUCGGAGGUGUCCAAGGCCUGCAGCAGUACUCCCCAAGCAGGCAUUACAGUCCCAUUGUUAGGAAAAUCCACAAGAAUUGGGCAGACUAUCGGUGCCCUGUCUCACUCCCCUUCGAAAGUCUCACCUGUGCCUUUGUUAGGCUCCUUGGGUCACACAGCUGCUACCACUACUGGACUGGUCCCCAUGACAAAUUUAUUCCCCAUCACAAAUAGUUCCUCCCACAUUGAUACUCGCACUUCUCUCUCUGCUGUUUCCCCAAUCAUGAGCAUCUCUUCCACCUCUGUGAUCUCACAAACAAGCCGCCAAUCAUCUGCUACUGCCGUUCUGCCCCCAGAAAAAACAAACAGGAAAGAACUCUGCAACCCUGCAGCCACACCGCUCAGCAGCUCUUUGGCUCCGGUAACAGCGCCCUUGAGGAAUUGCCUGGCCCAAACGCGCACAGCCUUCCCCGACCAAAAGCUGUUGCAUAGCAGAAGUACCCCAGCUGCAUCAACCUCGGCGUCCUCAAACUCAGCUUCUGGCCCAGCUACACAGAGGAUAAUCCUCAACACUUCCACUCACCUCACUGCUGGAACACAGAUCGUCCUUAAUAACUCCUGCUUUGUAGUCCCACCACAGGGUUUGGGUCCUGGCAGUCAUGUCCUUAUCAUCUCUAAUCCUGCAACACAAAUGCCUGCAGCCACCUCUACUAAUUCUGAGGCAUUUUCACCCCCUAAAGGAACAAGCCCUGCCAUUGUAACUUCUCAAACAGCAAGUUUAUCCCAGUCUGCAGCCAGGCUGCCCAGCAUGCCAGCUGUAAGUUCUCAGUUUGUAGCUUGCACCCCAGCGCUUGGUCAAUCCUUGCUGGCAAGCAGUGCUCAUGUCACACCGUUUCGACUUACAGGAGCACCUGGCAUGUGCUCAACAGGGAUUCCCAGUAAAACAAAUGUAGUAUCAGCUCUACCUAGACUCCCAUCUGCUCCUGGAUGUACAUUUGUGUUACCUCCUGUUUGUGCAUCCACUUUAAUCUCUUCCCCACCAAGGUUAUGCAGUGUCCCUGCCUUAGCUUCACCAGUUACAACUACCCCCCCUUCUCUCAGCUCAGCGCUCACUACAAUCAGAGUCCCUGGUACAGCCACAUGUACCGUAACAUCUGCAGUAUCCACCUCUGUGCCCAAAUUGUCAGAACCUCCAUCAGCCUUGCCUGCUUUACUCAAUUCAUCAACAGGUGCCUUUUGUAACCCUGUCCCUGCAGCUAUCCCCUCAGCCGCAGCUUCAUUAGUAACAGACUCAGCAGUUUUGCAUCGUUCCCCCUCUGGCCAGCAAGCGGGGCCAGGAAAAAUGCCGCUAACAGCAACGGUGCCAGUUGUUCAGUCUGGUACUCGGACACAGGAACUGCCAACAGUGGCCGUCCAGCCGAUUUUAAAUCUGGCAUCCAGGACCCAAACACUGCCCGUCGCCACUGUUCAGCCAAUUGGAAGCACUAUCAGCACCUUUGAAAUUUCUUCCCCACCAGCUAGCAGCACUCUAAUAACCCCAACUCCACCAGUUGCAACAAUGAUGAGUAAAAGCUCCAUCAGUCAAACUGUUUUAGCGACUAGCCCAGCACUUAAGACAAACACUGUGGAGACAUCAGCUUUGGGUGUGCAUGCCAAUUUACCAUCCAAGCUGCUCAUCAGUACUGAUGGUGCAGUGUUGAGCUCCGUUCAGCCAGAGAGGACUGCAUGCCCCAAACCACGGAGUACUCUGGUGGUUUCCCUCAACACCUCCGGUGGGGUACUACAAACAAAUGAUUCCCAUUUACAGCCUCACGGUGGAGACACAAAGUGAAACUGCUAAAAAUAAAUAAAAGAUUAAGUCUAUCUUUUUAUAGGUUUAGCUAGUAGUUCGUCAGGACGCCGCUUCUAGUGAAGGCUGCUUUGGGCCGUCCUUCAGUCCACCUCACAUUUUUAGCACCAAGUUGAUUUUCCGACCCGAUCGUAUGAUCUUUCAUAUGAGACGGCUGAUGACACACUAACACAAUAGAUUUUACUGACUUUCUGGAGUUCCAAAUAAAAAAAAUGAAUGUUGCAAACUUUUAGAAAUGCACUUCUUGGCCAGUUUUUACAG